CAUAGUUCAGUGUAUUACGUGAACUGAAGUAACAGUGAUGAGUUACUGAACUUGUCUACUUCCUUCUGGAUAAAACUUGUUUAGUGAAUCACAGCGGGCUCUGGAUCCAAAAUGACUAGAAUGGCAAUAUAUAUGUAAUUUCCAUUAGCGGUAAAUGUUGUGUUGUACCUUGGAAGUUCGGUCAUUAGAACUGUAAAAAUGGCGACACCCACGUUCUUUCAUAGCCACCAUCAGCAUCAUCACCAGCAACACAAACAACAAUACCCAGCACUGCACCCCAUGACACCCUCUAAUCCAAGUUCACCACCACCUUCACUAUCGACAUCUCGACCCACGAUCCAAUAUGCAAUCUUCGCUCAUUAUUCCUCUACUGCUACUGCUUUUCUGCUCUGCUGCAUCUGGGUUUGGCUCCAUGGGCCCAAUCGCAGCUGCUUUAGGUGAUGACGGAUUCUUCUGCGCCAUUGAUGCCGGCGGAACGCAGGAAGUCAUCUGCUGGACCAAGAACAAUAGCUCCCUCUCAGCACCCAUGUCUGGGUCAUCAUCGUCAGCCGCAUCUGCAUUUUCUAGUAGUAUUCCCCCGAUGGCCGCCCUAUCUGGAGGCGAAGGGUUUCUGUGCGGCAUUGCGGCGAACACUUCACAAGCAUUGUGUUGGAACUCCUUUUCUUCAGAUCUUGUCCCUUCUACCUAUCGAACCGUUGCUUAUUGCCACAUUGCUGCUGGCAAGAACCAUGUGUGUGCUAUCAGAGGUGCUUACUACUCCGAUAACGAUUCGGGUACCGUUGAUUGCUGGGAUAUCGUGAGACAUUCGAAUAAUAGUUUAAGAGCUAAAGAAAGUAGUCUGUUUUAUAAUCAAUCUAUAAGUAACCUUGUUUUGAAGAAGGUUGUGUCUGGUGAUGGGUUUAGUUGUGGUGGAGUGAAAGGAGGGAUUGUUUGUUGGGGACCAAAUUUGACGAGUUUGGGAAUGCCUGUGAUGACAGAGAAUUUUGCUGUUCUAGCUUCAGGGAGAGGUUCUCUUUGUGGGAUCUUGGAAGGAUCUCGUAAAGUUGAAUGUGGGGGUGGUAAUGCUGAUUCGUUUCUAGGUCCUCCCGUUGGGAUUGGGUUUGUGUCCUUAUCAGCUGGUCCUAACCAUUUUUGUGGUAUAAGAGAAGAUAAUCAUGCUGUUGAGUGUUGGGGAAGCUUCAAUUUGUCAUUGAAUCCAAAGGGUGGUUCAGGAUUCAUGGCCAUUGCUUCAUCUGAUUUUACUACAUGUGGGAUCAGGGAGGAUGAUCUGGUUCUUGAUUGCUCGUUUGUUAAUGCCUCCAUGCUGCCAGAGUUUAAUCCUCCAUUAGAGUUGUGCAGUCCAGGUCUUUGUAGCCCUGGUUCUUGUGGUGAGGGAGAGUUUGCAUUCAAUGCAAGUCUGCUAAACGAGGCAGAUUUGACAAGUUUAUGCGUUAGAAAAGAUUUAAAGAUUUGUUCUCCUUGUGGGUCAAAUUGUACUGAAGGGUUCUUCUUGUCUAGUCAAUGUACUGCAAAUGCUGACAGAGUAUGCACCCCUUGCACUCUUUGCCAGAACAGUUCUUGUUGGGAGGUUUGUGGGCUAAAAUCCACACCUGAGAAGCAUUGGGAUCACUGGCAUAGAUUAGCAAUCAUAAUUGGGUCUUGUGCUUCUGUUUUCAUUUUGAUCUUGAUGUGCUGGUGUCUUCUUCCUUAUCUGAUUGGGACUCGGAAAGAAGAAGGGGGUAAAAAGCAUUUUAAAUCUUGCAUUGGAAAGCCAGAGUUGGAAACUGACAAUAUUGCCAAUAACCUUUCUCCUUCUGUGGCUUCAUGUCCUGGUAUGGCUCAAGUUUUUCGACUUUCAGAGCUCAAAGAUGCCACCAAUGGAUUCAAGGAGUUCAAUGAACUUGGCCGGGGAAGUUAUGGUUUUGUUUACAAAGCAAUCUUGGCAGAUGGGCACCAAGUUGCUGUGAAGAGGGCCAAUGCUGCCACAAUAAUACAUACCAGUAGCCGGGAUUUUGAAAUGGAGUUAGAAAUCCUCUGCAAAAUCCGCCAUUGCAAUAUUGUAAACUUGCUGGGUUACUGCUCAGAGUUGGGAGAGAGACUGCUUGUUUACGAGUAUAUGCCCCGUGGAACUCUUUACGACCAUCUUCAUAGUGGGCUUUCUCCUCUGAAUUGGAACCUCAGAUUAAACAUUUCAAUGCAGGCUGCAAAGGGGCUACAGUACCUGCACAAGGAAUUUGUGCCUCCGGUUGUCCAUCGGGACAUUAAGACCUCAAACAUUCUUCUAGAUUCCGAUUGGGGAGCACGAAUUGCAGAUUUUGGCCUUCUUACAUCAAAUGAAAAGGAUCUUAAUGAAGAAAUGAAGAAUGAUGUUUACAACUUUGGGAUUGUACUGCUGGAGAUUCUUAGUGGAAGAAAAUCAUAUGAUGUAGAUUAUACACCCCCAAGUAUAGUUGAGUGGGCAAUACCCUUAAUCAAACUGGGUAAGGCAGCUGCCCUUAUUGAUCAGUAUGUGGCUCUUCCGAGAAACGUCGAGCCUCUCCUUAAACUAGCUGAUAUAGCAGAGCUAGCAGUCAGGCAAAAUCCUAGUGAGCGUCCUACAAUGUCAGUGAUAGCAACAUGGCUGGAGCAAAUUGUGAAGGAAGGACUUAUCUUGUAGUCUUGAAGCUGAGUCCUCAGCUUGCACAAGAUGCAACUGACGGCCAGCCAAAGAAAGUAGGCAUUUCAGGAAUUUUGGUGAGUACUGCUAUUUUGGAAUUGUACAUUUGUAUUCAAAUCUUUCUGCAGCAAUGCAAUGCAUCAUUUGAUAGUCAUGAUGUUGAUCCUCUUUGUAUGCGAUGAGAUUCUUUUCUAGGCUCUAUAUGUUCUCAUAGUGUAUGUCCAAGGGGAGGAAGUUGAUUCUAAAGAGGAUGUAAAAAGCCACUGUAUUCUACCAUGAGGAUUUCCUCUCCACAUAUUAUAUUGGAGUAAGGUCUCUAUA